AACUGUAAUUUUUCGGAGCUUGGGAUACCUGUGGUCAUAAUACUUGGCUUUUGCAUUUCUGAAAUCAUUUGCAACUGACCAGCGUCACUUUGUAAUUAAACAAGUAUGGCGGACACUUGUAACUACCACUGUUUUGUUCUUCUUGCUGUCACAACCGUGUUUCUUGGUCUUCCUCGGUUCACAUCAGGACUUCAAUCGCCAACGAAUGUCCAAGCACAAUCUGUCAAUGAUGCCAAGUUUCUGAUCAUUUCCUGGGAUCAUCAAGCAGAUGUAAACUACAGCACGAUUCACAUCAAAACCCACUUCAAAACGUCUGGCUUUUCUGGUAAUUCUACAACAAUUGAUGGUCCAACAGCUGAGACGCCGUGCAACAGCUCAACAUGCAGUUUCUGUGUGGCCGACAUCAAGCGCAAUGCAUCAUGUCUCGCUUUCAAUCCAGAGUACAGGUUUUCAGUGGCAAUUGAAUUAAAUUUCGAAUUCUUCGUCAGCUAUAGAGUGGGCGCUUGCAGUAGAAAUGAGUCAAGUAGCUGUAUUAAUAGCCCCUGGAAAACCUUUACUAUCCCUCCAGGAGAGUUCUCAGACUACACACUUCACAAAAAAAUGUGCCUGGACCAUGAUAGCCACAUGUCUCUUGAUAACAACACCAGUGUGGAAUAUUGUGCUCAAAAGUGCAGCAACGAUACCAGUUGCAAGUCUUUCGAGUAUGGCCAUGGAUACAACAGCCAGGGCGAGUUCCAAAAUAACCUGUUCAUAAAGGAACUUGGCCAAUGUAAACUAAAAAGUGUUAACAGAAAAUCCUACAAAUUGAAGUCGUGUGGGUUUAACUACUAUGAAAAAAACGAAGAUUCUCCUCCGGGAAGCAGAGCAGUAAUGUUAAAUUCUGUAUUGUUACUUAGCCUCUCUGUUGCAAUACCGUUUGCUUUGUAACUAAGUGUCAACAGGGUUUUACCAAGGCUGUAUGUUCUGUAAUGAUCAACCAUGAUUCAGUGCUUGCUGUCCUGUGUACCCCCCCCGGAAUCAAGGCUAGUAUGUAAGAAUGAGUCCUUGUGAUAAAGUGAUUGUGCAGCCCGACCAUCCACUAUGUAUCAACACAACAAGAAAUAAACAUUGAGAAUUAACCUACAAACAGAUGUUAGUCUCAACGUACUGUAAUGUUUUUCAUACUUGCUCAGUUACUUACUCACUUCCUUCCUUGGCGUAUUAGACACAAUUGCAAGCAUGCGCGUGCUUUAAAGGAGCUCAUUCACGGUAUUUUCACCCUUAGUUUUAGCUUUGUUUUGUUGUUGUUGUUUUUUUUUUUAUCAUGGAAUUGUGACAAGCAAGAUAAUAAGGUGCAACUUUUUUAAAAGUUAAAAAAAAUCUGUAUUGUGGACUCAGAGCCACCUUAAAUUUUUGAAAAUUGAAGGUGACACGCUCAGUCCUACGCUUGUGCCCGGGUGCCUUCGCUGCGCUAAAUAUUGAUGCUCUUUUGAGUACCUUGAAUUUCUUUCUUUUAGUUUUACACUCAGCUCGUGUGUGAGUGGAUAGUAAAACAAGUUAAAUAAAGCACUAAAGUAAUUUUA